UCUCUCCCUCCGCUCUCCCAGCCUCGCCUUGCAACAGCAGAGCAGCAGUCAAGCAGCCAGCUCGAGGCUUCGACCGGAUCACCGGCUUCCUUGAGCAGUUGCCCUGGCGAUGACGAAGCAGAGCGUGGUGGUGCCGGAGGUGGCCGCGGCGACGCCGCCCAACACGGCGGCCCUGUUCCCGUACCCACCGCCGAGGGCCAUGCCCGGCGUCUCCGUGCGCAAGAAGUACCUGCAGGCGCAGAUGGAGCUGGGCUCCGGCCUCAUCAGCGGAUGGGUCGAGUCCAUGAGGGCCUCCUCGCCCACGCACGCCAAGGCGGCCGCCGCGCUCGCCGCCGGCGUCGACGACGAGCACGCCGCGUGGAUGGCGAAGCACCCGUCGGCGCUCACCAUGUUCGACCAGAUCGUGGCCGCCUCCAAGGGUAAACGCAUCGUCAUGUUCCUCGACUACGACGGCACGCUCUCCCCCAUCGUUGACGACCCCGACGCCGCCUUCAUGAGCGACACGAUGCGGCUUGCAGUGCGGAGCGUCGCCAAGCAGUUCCCUACGGCCAUCGUCAGCGGCCGGUGCCGCGACAAGGUGUUUGAUUUCGUGAAACUGGCGGAGCUGUACUACGCCGGCAGCCACGGCAUGGACAUCAAGGGCCCAGCCAAGGCCUCCCGGCACACCAAGGCCAAGGCCAAAGGAGUUCUCUUUCAGCCGGCCAGCGAGUUCAUCCCCAUGAUACAACAGGUGAACGAAUCUCUGAUAGAAAAGACCAAGUGCAUACCUGGAUCUAAGGUGGAGAACAACAAGUUCUGCGUGUCUGUCCACUUCAGAUGUGUGGAGGAAAAGAGCUGGAGCACAUUGGCAGACAUAGUGAAGGCGGUGCUCAAGGACUACCCCAAGCUCAAGCUCACACAGGGAAGAAAGGUGCUGGAGAUCCGGCCCACCAUCAAGUGGGACAAGGGCAAGGCCCUCGAGUUCCUCCUCGAGUCGCUCGGGUUCGCCGACUGCAGCAACGUGAUGCCGGUGUACAUCGGCGACGACCGCACCGACGAGGACGCCUUCAAGGUGCUACGGAAGCGAGGCCAGGGCGUCGGCAUCCUCGUCUCCAAGCACGCCAAGGACACCAACGCCUCCUACUCGCUGCAGGAGCCCGCCGAGGUCAUGGAAUUCCUGCUGCGGCUCGUCGAGUGGGAUCGCCUCUCCAAGUCCCGGCCCAGGUGGUGAUGCUCGAUCAUCCAUGGACAGGCCAGACGGAUCAUUAACAUACUGCUACCGAGUUAAUUAACUACUCCCCUGCGACCUUGCAACUAGGAGGAGAUUAUCGUGUGGAUUAGAAGCAUAUAUAUGCUGAUACAUAGCCAUGGACUGUCUACGGAUCUUCAUCAGUAGUUACCUAGCUCCCCGUGUUGUGCGUGGUGCAUGCCCAGCUUGUACCUUGCUGUACGCUGUCAGUGUGUGCGUCCGCGCGCGUGCUGAUUUGCGCAUCCCUUCUUUUUCUGGGACGCGCCUGGCGGCUGUUGCUGGCUUGGCUAAGCUAUCUGGCGGCGCAGGAAGGUGGCAAAAUCACCUACCCGUGUAAUUAUAUAUAACUUCUGAUUACGCGUGUACAAGAGUAAUAUAUAUGAAAUGAAGAGCAAGACAAGAGCAUAUAUGCAUCUUAAGUUUC